AUGGCCAGCCUGCGGCCGUCCGGCUCGGCCCCGCUGCAGCCGCUACUGCUGCUCCUGGUGGUGGCCGGGCGCGCCCUGCCCAGCGCCGACGGGACGUGCCCGGAACGCGCGCUGGAGCGGCGGGAGGAGGAGGCGAAUGUGGUGCUCACCGGCACCGUGGAGGAGAUUCUCAACGUGGACCCGGUGCAGCACACGUACUCGUGCAAGGUUCGAGUCUGGCGGUACUUGAAGGGCAAAGACAUGGUGACCCAAGAGAGCCUGCUUGACGGUGGCAACAAGGUGGUGAUUGGCGGCUUUGGAGACCCUCUCAUCUGUGACAACCAGGUGUCCACUGGGGACACCAGGAUCUUCUUUGUGAACCCUGCACCCCCAUACCUGUGGCCAGCCCAUAAAAAUGAGCUGAUGCUCAAUUCCAGCCUCAUGCGCAUCACCCUGCGGAAUCUGGAGGAAGUGGAGCACUGUGUAGAAGACAAACCUGGGACCCACUUCACACCAGCAACCCCCACGCCUCCAGAUGCAUGCCGAGGAAUGCUGUGUGGCUUCGGCGCCGUGUGCCAGCCCAGUGCAGAGGGCUCUGGCCGAGCCUCCUGCGUGUGCAAGAAGAGCGCCUGCCCCGCCCUGGUGGCCCCCGUGUGCGGUUCCGACGCCUCCACCUACAGCAGCGAGUGUGAGCUGCGACGGGCGCAGUGUAGCCGGCAGCGCCGCAUCCGCCUACUCAGCCGUGGGCCCUGCGGGUCCCGGGACCCCUGCUCCAAUGUGACGUGCAGCUUCGGCAGCACCUGUGUGCGCUCAGCAGACGGGCACACAGCCACGUGCCUGUGCCCGGCCACCUGCCAGGGGCCCCCCGAGGGCCCUGUGUGCGGCAGCGACGGGGCAGACUACCCCAGCGAGUGCCAGCUUCUGCGCCACGCAUGCGCCCGCCAGGAGAACGUCUUCAAGAAGUUCGAUGGCCCUUGUGACCCCUGCCAGGGUGCCCGCGGUGACCUGAGCCGUGUUUGCCGCGUGAACCCACGCACGCGGCGCCCCGAGAUGCUCCUGCGGCCCGAGAGCUGUCCCCCUCGGCACGCACCUGUGUGCGGGGAUGACGGGGUCACCUAUGACAAUGACUGCAUAAUGGGCCGCACGGGCGCUGCCCGCGGCCUUCUCCUCCAGAAAGUGCGCUCUGGCCGGUGCCAGCCUCAAGACCAGUGUGCAGACGUGUGCAGGUUCGGUGCUGUGUGCCUGUCCCGCCGAGGCCGUGCCCGCUGCUCCUGCGACCGCGUCGUCUGUGACGGGGCUUACCGUCCCGUGUGCGCGCUCGACGGGCACACGUAUGACAGUGACUGCUGGCGCCGCCAGGCUGAGUGUCAGCAGCAGCGUGCCAUCCCCGCCAAGCACCAGGGCCCGUGUGACCAGCCCCUGUCCCCAUGCCUCGGGGUGCAGUGCCCGUUUGGGGCAUCAUGUGCUGUGAAGAACGGGGAAGCGGAGUGUGUGUGCCGGCAGGCGUGUUCAGGCAUCUAUGAUCCUGUGUGCGGUAGUGACGGUGUCACGUACGGCAGCGCGUGUGAGCUGGAGGCCACGGCCUGCGCCCUUGGACGGGAGAUCCGGGUGGCCCGCAGAGGACCCUGUGACCGCUGCGGGCAGUGCCGCUUUGGAGCUCUGUGUGAGGCCGAGAGUGGGCGCUGCGUGUGCCCCUCCGAGUGCGUGGCCUCGGCUCAGCCCGUGUGCGGUUCUGACGGGCACACAUAUGCCAGCGAGUGUGAGCUGCAUGUCCACGCCUGCACACAGCAGAUCAGCCUGCACGUGGUCUCAGCCGGGCAUUGCCAGGCCUGCGGAGACGCGGUAUGCGCCUUCGGGGCAGUGUGCUCGGCUGGGCGGUGUGUGUGUCCCCGGUGUGAGCGGCCCCCACCCGGCCCCGUAUGCGGCAGCGACGGUGUCACCUACGACAGUGCGUGUCACCUCCGGGAGGCAGCCUGCCGGCAGCAGACACACAUCCAGGAAGCCCGGGCGGGGCCCUGUGAGCAGGCUGAGUGCGGUUCUGGGGGCUCUGGCUCUGGAGAGGACGGUGAGUGUGAGCAGGAGCUGUGCCGGCGGCGCGGCGGUGUCUGGGACGAGGACUCGGAAGACGGGCCGUGCGUCUGUGACUUCAGCUGCCGUGGCGUCCUGCGGAGCCCGGUGUGUGGCUCGGAUGGGGCCACCUAUGGCACCGAGUGCGAGCUGAAGAAGGCCAGGUGUGAGUCGCGGCGAGAACUGUACGUCACAGCUCAGGGGGCCUGCCGGGGCCCCACCUUGGCCCCGCUGCCACCUGCAGCCCCCCCGCACUGCACCCAGACCCCCUAUGGCUGCUGCCAGGACAACAUCACUGCGGCCCGGGGUGUGGGCCUGGCCGGCUGCCCCAGCUCCUGCCAUUGCAACCCGCACGGCUCCUACAGUGGAACCUGUGACCCAGCCACGGGUCAGUGCUCCUGCCGCCCAGGUGUUGGGGGCCUCCAGUGUGACCGUUGUGAGCCUGGCUUCUGGAACUUCCGUGGCAUUGUCACUGAUGGCCGGAGCGGCUGCACCCCCUGCAGCUGUGACCCCCGGGGUGCGGUGCGGGACGACUGUGAGCAGAUGACUGGGCUGUGCUCAUGUAAGCCCGGGGUGGCCGGGCCCAAGUGCGGGCAGUGUCCAGAAGGCCACGCCCUGGGCCCCGGAGGCUGUGAAACAGAUUCCUUGGUGCCUGAGACGUGUGCUGAGAUGCGCUGUGAGUUUGGGGCAUCCUGCGUGGAGGAGGCUGGCUCCGCACACUGCGUGUGCCCAACAUCCACCUGUCCGGAGGCCAAUGCAACCAAGGUCUGUGGGUCGGACGGAGUGACCUACGGCAACGAGUGCCAGCUGAGGACCAUCGCCUGCCGCCAGGGCUUGGACAUCUCCAUCCAGAGCCUUGGCCCGUGCCGGGAGGCUGCUGGUCCUGGUGCCCCCCCAACAUCUGGACCCGUGGCCACAUCAGGGCUCAACAUGAGCAAGGUGCUGCCACCCUCCCCCAGCGCCCUGCCCCGGGCUCCCAGCAGUACCCCUCCCAGCCAGCCCACGCCUCGACCCUCACCGGGGCCGUGGACCACUGCCGGCAUCCCCAGGACGACCCCGGGGCCUGUGCUGACCAUGCCCCCCACGGCCGCUGCCACGGCCAGCCUCGCCACGUCGGCCUUUGGCGAAUCUGGCAGUGCUGACGGGAGCGGUGAUGAGGGACUGAGCGGUGACCUGGAGGCCAGUGGGACUGGCUCAGGGGGACUCGAGCCCCCCGGAGGUGGCAGUGCUGCGACCCCUGGGCCACCCGUGGAGAGGGCUUCUUGCUACAAUGCGCCUUUGGGCUGCUGCUCGGACGGCAAGACGCCCUCGCUGGACACACAGGGUUCCAACUGUCCUGCCACCAAGGCGUUCCAGGGUGUACUGGAGCUCGAGGGGGUCGAGGGGCAGGAGCUGUUCUACACACCGGAGAUGGCCGACCCCAAGUCAGAGCUUUUUGGGGAGACCGCCAGGAGCAUCGAGAGCACACUGGAUGACCUCUUCCGGAACUCGGAUGUUAAGAAGGACUUCCGAAGUGUCCGCCUGCGGGACUUGGGGCCUGGCAGCUCAGUCCGAGCCACCGUGGACGUGCACUUCGACCCUGCCACAGCCUUUAGGGCGUCUGAUGUGGGCCAGGCCCUGCUCCGGCAGAUACAGGCGUCCCGGCGCCGGUCCCUGGGGGUACGGCGGCCCCUGCAGGAGCACAUACGCUUUAUGGACUUCGACUGGUUUCCUGCAUUCUUCAUGGGAGCCACCACAGGAGCCACACCUGCUGCAGCCACGGCCAGAGCCACCACUGUGGCCCACGUGCCUUCUGCUGUGACCCAGCGGGCCCUCUACCCCAGUCACACAAGCCGGCCUGUUGGCAGGACCACGGCCCUGCCCACCACACGCCAGCCCCCCACCACUGCCCCCCGUCGCGUGCCUGGACGCCGGCCCUUGCCCUCAGGCCCCCAGCAGCCACCAAAGCCCUGUGACUCCCAGCCCUGCCUCCACGGGGGAACCUGCCAGGACCAGGACUCGGCUGGAGGCUUCACCUGCAGCUGCCCAGUGGGCAGGAGGGGUGCUGUCUGCGAGAAGGCACUGCAUCCCUCUGUGCCAGCCUUCGGGGGCCACUCCUUCCUGGCCUUCCCCACCCUCCGUGCCUACCAUACACUGCGCCUGGCACUGGAGUUCCGGGCGCUAGAGCCCCAGGGACUCCUGCUCUAUAACGGCAACGCCCAGGGCAAGGACUUCCUGGCACUGACUCUGCUGGGGGGCCGUGUGCAGCUCCGGUUUGACACCGGCUCAGGGCCCGCAGUCCUGACCAGCUCGGUGCCUGUAGAGCCUGGCCGCUGGUACCGCUUGGAGCUGUCUAGGCACUGGCGCCGGGGUUCGCUCUCAGUGGAUGGGGAGACCCCUGUUCUGGGCCACAGCCCCAGUGGGACUGACGGUCUCAACCUGGACACAGACCUCUUUGUGGGCGGCGUCCCGGCGGACCAGGCUGCUGUGGUGCUCGAAAGGACCUCCAUCCGUGUUGGCCUCAGGGGCUGCAUCCGCCUGCUGGACGUCAAUAAUCAGCGGUUGGAGCUCAGCAACUGGCAGGGGGCUGUAACCCGAAGCUCUGGUGUGGGCGAGUGCGGGGACCACCCCUGCCUGCCCAACCCCUGCCUCGGCGGGGCCCCAUGCCAGGCCCUGGAGGCUGGCAUGUUCCACUGUCAGUGCCCACCCGGCCGCUUUGGUCCAACGUGUAGUGAUGACAAGAACCCCUGUGAGCCCAACCCCUGCCAUGGGGCAGCCCCCUGCCACGUGUUGCCUGAGGGAGAGGCCAAGUGCGAAUGCCCCGAGGGACGGGGGGGCACCGUCUGCCAGACAGUCUCUGAGCGGGAUUAUUCCCGGCCCUUCCUGGCUGACUUCAGUGGCUUCUCCUACCUGGAGCUGAAAGGCUUGCAUACCUUUGAGCGGGACCUGGGGGAGAAGAUGGUACUGGAGGUGGUGUUCUUGGCGCGUGGCCCCAGCGGCUUGCUCUUCUACAAUGGGCAGAAGACAGACGGCAAGGGGGACUUCGUGUCCCUUGCCUUGCGAGACCGCUUCCUGGAGUUCCGCUAUGACCUGGGCAAGGGGGUGGCGGUCAUCAGGAGCAAGGAGCCCGUGGCCCUGGACACCUGGACCAGGGUCUUCCUGGAGCGCAAUGGCCGCAAGGGCGCCAUGCGGGUCAGUGACGGGCCGCGCGUGCUGGGGGAGUCCCCGGUGCCACACACUGUCCUCAACCUGAAGGAGCCGCUCUAUGUGGGAGGGGCCCCUGACUUCAGCAAGCUGGCCCGGGCAGCCGCAGUGUCCUCUGGCUUCAACGGCGUCAUCCAGCGGGUCUCCUUGAAAGGCCAGCAGCUGCUGACCCAGGAGCACGUGGUUCGGUCCGUGGAUGUCUCGUCUUUUGCCCACCACCCUUGUACCCAGGCCUCAGGCCACCCGUGCCUCAAUGGGGCCUCCUGCCUCCCUCGGGAGGCCUCCUACGAGUGCCUGUGUCCCGGGGGCUUCUCGGGGCUUCACUGCGAGAAGGGGCUGAUGGAGAAGUCGGCAGGGGACGUGGACGCCCUGGCCUUUGACGGACAAACCUACAUCGAAUACCUCAAUGCUGUGACGGAGAGUGAGAAGGCCCUGCAGGGCAACCACUUUGAGCUGAGCCUGCGCACGGAGGCCACACAGGGGCUGGUGCUGUGGAGCGGCAAGGCCACGGAGCGGGCGGACUACAUCGCACUGGCCAUUGUGGAUGGGCGCCUGCAGCUGACCUACGACUUGGGCUCCCAGCCUGUGGUGCUGCACUCCACCGUGCCAGUCAACACCAACCGCUGGUUGCGGGUCAGGGCACAUAGGGAACAGAGGGAAGGUUCCCUUCAGGUGGGCAACGAGGCCCCUGUGACUGGCUCUUCCCCGCUGGGUGCCACACAACUAGACACAGACGGAACCCUAUGGCUGGGUGGCCUGGAGAAGCUGCCCAUGGGCCAGGCCCUGCCCAAGGCCUACAGCACAGGCUUUGUGGGCUGCCUACGGGACGUGGUGGUGGGUCAGCGCCCACUGCACCUGCUGGAGGAUGCUGUCACCAAGCCGGAGCUUCGGCCCUGCCCCACCCCAUGAGACACACCACAGCCCACCACCCACCCUGUUGUCAUUAUUUUCUAUUUUUGUAAACUCAUUGCUGUUUUGAUAUGGUUUUCUUGCCUAUGUGUUGGCCAGAGGGACUGCUGGACCAGCCUCCCUACCGUCCAAGCAGACAAGCUGCAGAGACAAACUCUGUGUCACGCACGGGACUUGCAGGGGGAGAUGACGCAGGCAGCAUGGAGGGCUUGACUCCAGCGGCAGCCUAAGGAUGUG